UCAGUUCGCAGUUGUUUCGGUGAACGGAGAAAUAUUGCUAAAAUUUUCCUUUAUUUUGGCAGUUUUUUUGGGUUUCUGCAAACAUUUGAAUAAGCAAAGAACAUCACAAGGGAAUUAGGAAAGGGGGGCGUAGAAAUAUGACAUCGACUCUUCAAGAUCGAAUACUGGAAGCUGCAACUAGAAUCAAAGGCUACGUUCGACAUACACCGCUGGACCAUUCUCAUUGGUUAAGCACCGAGGGAAAAGCCAAUGUUUACAUCAAAUGGGAAAAUGAACAAGUUACUGGUUCUUUCAAAGCUAGAGGAGCUUUUAAUAAAAUAAUCACCUUGAUAAACACUAACCAAUCAGUAAAAAGUAAAGGAGUAGUAACUGCAUCCAGUGGUAACCAUGGAGCUGCUUGUUCAUUGGCUAUGAAGUCACUUGGUAUUAAUAAUGGAGUGGUAUAUUCACCUGAGUAUGUCAGUGAUGCUAAACGUAGCAUGAUUGAUCAGUAUGGAGGUCAAGUCAAGCUUCAUGGUCAAGAUUGUAUUGAUACUGAAAAUUAUGCUAGGACUACAGCUCAGGAAAGAGACAUGCCUUACAUCCCACCUUACAAUGACUAUGAUGUAAUAGCUGGACAGGGUACGGUAGGUCUCGAAAUUCAUGAAGAUCUUCCCUCAGUGGACGUCGUAUUCGUUGCUGUUGGUGGCGGAGGACUGAUCAGCGGUAUUGCCACAUACUUUAAAGCUGUUAAACCUGAUGUUAAGGUUAUUGGAUGUCAACCUGUAGAGUCAGCAGUUCUUUACCAUUCUGUCAAGGCGUGUAAGAUUCUUGACUUGUCUUCAGGAGACACGCUGUCAGAUGGAACAGCUGGAGGAGUUGAACAAGGAUCGGUAACACUUGAUUUGUGUAAGUCGUUAGUCGAUGACUGGGUAUUGGUAACAGAACAAAACAUAGGGAAGGCCGUUUAUGACGUCUUGGAUAAACACCACAAGAUCGUCGAGGGUGCAACAGGCGUUACCAUAGCAGCUUAUCUCAAGACAAAAGACCAAUAUGAGGGUAAGACGGUGGCUAUCGUAUCAUGUGGAGGCAAUAUAUCCAUAAAAACUAUAAAGAGUAUUAUAUCACUUCAUGGGUAAAGUAGUAUCUUCAUUUGGCCGCAUAACUUUAUACCUGCUUAGUUAGCAUUCUACGUAAAGUUAAUAAAGAAUUGCAUGAAUCCCUUAA